AUGGCAAAUAAAUUUUGUUUUGAAGCCUUAGAUAGGACCUUGCGAGAUAUCCUUCGAUUAAAAUAUGAAAACAGCGCAGACAAACCAUUUGGAGGCCUUACAAUGGUAUUUGGUGGUGAUUUUCGUCAAAUACUACCGGUGAUUCCAAAAGGAACACGAGCUGAUAUUUUAGAUGCAUCACUCAACUCUUCAUAUUUGUGGACAUUCUUUAAAAUUUAUGAGCUGAAACAAAAUAUGCGACUUUGUUGUGGAAGAGUAUCUGAUUCUGAAGCCGCUGAAGUUAUUACUUUCGACAAAUGGUUGUUACAAAUUGGGGAUGGAUCCUUUUAUAGUGAUGUUUACAAUGACCUUAUUAAAGUGCCUACUGAUAUAUGUAUAAUGCCAUCCAAUGAUCCAAUCGGAUCAAUCGUCGACGCAGUUUACCCGUCCCUCUUGCAGAAGUACAAUGACCCAACAUAUUUGCAAGAAAGAGCAAUACUUACUCCUAAAAAUGAAAUGGUCCAUGAAUUGAAUGAUACAAUUAUGAAAAUGAUUCAAGGUGAAGGAAGAACAUAUUUUAGCUCUGACAAUGUGUGUAAAGCAAGCGUGAACACUAAUGAUGAAGAUCUAUUGUACCCAACGGAAUUUUUAAAUAGCUUAAGAUUUCCUGGAAUUCCUAAUCAUGAAGUACAGUUAAAAGUAGGAACUCCAGUUAUGCUUCUGAGGAAUCUAAAUCAAAGUGAAGGACUAUGCAACGGAACAAGAUUGAUUGUCACACAUCUUGGUAACUGGUCUAUUAGUGCAAAUAUCAUCUCCGGAAAAAACAUUGGCUCGAAAGUCUCUCGUCUUGAUGGCACUUCAAUAAUAGGAGCUGAAUUGAUCAAUUUUUGA